UUAAUAAAGACUCAACAAUAAGCAGCUGCCUGUGAUGUCAUUGGGACUUUGUCCACAGAGCUUGUAUUUACAAGUAGAGAGAAACUACAUAACAGCAGAAAAACCAACUACCAGCAAACUUCAUGUCUGCAGUUACUGUAGGGCUUCAGUAGUGCUGUGGAUGGGCUAGCAAGCUAACUCUGCUCUUCUAACCACAGAUUUUUAAAGUGAUGCUGGAAACAGCCUGAUAUUUCUAGUACAGCAAAAGGAAAACAAAUAACCUCAUCCAUGGAGAGAAAAAGACAGCUACAGAAAAGGGAAUUUGGGAAAAGAUUUUCUCUGGACAGCAGUCUUGUGGAAUAUAUGGACUCAAAUAAAUACAUAGAGCAUUUAGUGACUCAGCUAGAAGAGCAACGUUGGAACCUAUGGAGGGAGAAGCUGUCUGUGGCUCGGCUGCAGCGGGAAGUUGCACGAAAUAAGAGUGAAGGAACAAUGCGCGAGAGGCUGAUACAUGAGUUGGAGGAAGAAAGACAUUUGAGACUCGAGGGUGAAAAAAGAUUACGGGAGGUGACACUGGAGUCAGAGCGUAGCAGAGCUCAGAUGCGUGGAUUGCAGCAGCAGUUUUCAAGGAUGGAAGAGACCGUGAGAAAUCUACUGCAGAACCAGGGACCCACAGACCAGAAUGGGGAGAGGACUGUUGAUAUCAUGAAGGUAUAUCAGGAGAAGCUGUCUGAGGACAAAAACCACAAAGAAACUAUGGAAGAUGUUCAUACGACAGCAGAUGAGGGUUCAAGAAGUGAAAGCAGCAGUGCUGAAGAGGAAAAAGAAAAGACAAAAUUGCUGUUACAACGAUUGAAAGCUCUGGAGGCAGAGAAUUCAGCGUUGGCUCUGGAAAAUGAAAAUCAAAGACAACAGUAUGAAAGGUGCCUUGAUGAGGUUGCCAAUCAGGUUGUUCAAGCUCUACUUACUCAAAAGGAUCUAAGGGAGGAAUGCAUAAAGCUGAAAACAAGAGUUUUUGAUUUGGAGCAACAGAAUCAGACGCUAAGUGUACUUUUCCAACAAAGAGUCAAACCAGCUUCUGACCUCCUCCUCCAGAAACUUCAUUCCCGCAUCUUAGAUCUCUCGUCUGGGGAUUUGCUUUCAGAGGUAGAAAGGAACAGAAGUUUGAUGCAAUCACGAACUGCUGAUGUUCAGAUUCAUGAAUGCCAGCAGAAUGUGAAAGCCAGUAUACCUGCCUUGAAAUGCCAGAGUCAAUUAAAUAUAACAGGGUCCAGCCGCCUUUAUCCCCGGAGCAGCUGCAGUAGCAGUGAACUCUCCCUGUCAAGUGCUUGCAGUGAAUAUUCCAGCGGCUCCUCCUACACUUGGAAUGAUGGAAAGACGUGCAGCAAAAGGUCAUCUAUAAGCUGGGAUCAAAGGAUAAGCAUUGGUUCUUCAUUCCCAAGCAACCUCUCAAGUCCCGCCGAUGAUCUACCUCCAACUCGUAUCAAGGAAAACCAUAUUUUGGAAGGGCUGAAGAAGUUACAAAAACGAAAAAUAUUACUUGAAUCACCUUCAGUAAUAUCAAAAUGGGGUUACAAAGAUUGCAUGGACUCCAAUGAAGGAAUAUAUUCUCCUGGAAUUAAGUGUGGCAGCCAUAAAGAACUGGUUCGUUGUAAGCCGGUGGAAAUAGGGAGCAUUUGCAUUGAACACAACAAAGCUUUCACUUAUGAUUCAGAUUCACAUGAUGAUGCAGAUGAUGAGGCUUCAUCUUUACUUCUGCUGCGUGAAAUACCAAGCAAGGACUGCCGGAUCUAUUGCAAUAAAUUAACCCACAGUAUUUCUGACAGUCUAUUUGGUUGGGAGCCUAAUAGAAAACAUUUACCGGACAGAGGUUCAUAUUUUAAUUCAAAAGAAAGACCUGAAAAAUUGACUAGUUUUGUCAAUGGACUUCAGUUAGAAGUAAAAUCAUGUACCAACGUGAAGCUGGAUCAAAGCGUUGCUAAUAUAGGCUGGAAGGACCUUAAUUUACAGCUCUCAGAUACCGAUGACAAUGAAGUCCUGGAUGAAUUACAUAUAGAAAGUAGUGAUGAGAAAAGUCCAUCAGAUUUAUUAUUAACUCCCUUUGCUGACAGGCAUACAAAGAGCUCUGACAUGCUUUCAAGGAUGGAGAGUUCUCAGUGUAUAUCUACUGAUAAAGAAAAAAAACAAGAAUCCGCUCAGAUGGAUAUUAGGCCAAAGACUUGUAAUUUCAUUAAACAAGAAAAGGUUAUAAAAAAGACUUCUUCUGAAGAGUGCAUUACUGUAAUAUUUGAUGCUGAGGAUGGUGAGCCUAUUGAAUUCAACUCGCAUCAAACUGGAGUUGUCACUGUAACAAGGAAUGAAAUUUCAAUCAACCAGUCACAAACUGGGCCCCGUGCAGAAUACAUUGAACUUAUACCUCAGGGAAUAACUAAUUUGCAGACAGGAACUGAUGCUAGAAACUACACUGUUUUAGAAACACCUGACGAGGUAACAGAGAAAAGGACUGUCCAAGAUAAUGUGGGGAAUAAAAAUACAGCUGUCCCUAUGACAUGCAAUGAAUCUUUACAUUUUGGAAGAGUUAUGUUGCAAAAUACUCUACGACAAAAGCUAGUGAAGCCAGUGUGUACUACAUCAUGCAAGGCCAAUUCCAUCUCCACUGGGCCUGCAGGUAUCAAUCAAAAACAAAGCUUGAGUAAAAUACCCAGCAGAGGUAAGUUUUCACCACAGAAAACUAAGAUGACAGAUAGUGAGAAUACCAUGGCCUCAUCAGCUGGCUCUACAACCCUAGAAAAAUCCCCAGCUUUUCCACCUGUAAAACUUCCAAGAUUCAAAAAGGCACAAAGUCCAACUCAUCAUUCGGAGUCAAAAAUAGAGUCGCAGGUUCCCAAGCAUCCUUCCCACUCGUCGCAACAUCCUCAAAUUCCAGGCAGAAGUGACUGGACAAGGAAUCCAAAGAGCCACGUUCCAGGUUCACCAUUGUUGCCUCAACGCCUUGUAGAGCCCAAUGUCUAUGGAGAACCCCCAACUAGAGAUGUUCAUUCUGAUUUAGCUGCCAUAGGAUCUCGGUCCCCUUCCCCACCACCUCCUCCAGACAGGUCAACAUCCCUGUUGGUAAGACCAAACUAUGAACAUUCCCCACCUUUAUCCAUAAAGCCAGGAGCCCCGGCUUCUGGUGAACCAGCAAAAAAUGUACUUAAAUCAUCUCCUCUAAAAGGAAAUGCAAAUCCUGCUUUCCAUAACCAAUCCAGUCAUGAAAUGCAAGCGAGAAAAGCAUCCACCGAGACUAAAACUGAGUUAGCUUACCUUCCAGAGAAUUCAGAAAUGAGUGCGCAAGCCAAAUGCACCUCUCAGCAAUCCCACAGCUCCCCGGGAACCUCCCAAGGGCCUUCCAAAGUUUUCACCAAGAGAGUUUUCCCCAAAACCUCUAAUCAGGUGGCAUCCUGCAGCAACAGGGAACUGUCUAGCCCGGGUUCACAGACAACCAAGCCUCUUUCUUUGGCUUGUAUGUCACUGGAAACGAACUCCUCACAAAGCGCACACUCUGGCAGAAAAGGACUAUCUAAUGGUAGUGGAGCGUCUCAGCAACAAAAGAUACCAAACAGUCCCCCCACAUCCCCACAAUGUCACACAGCUAAUAUUAGUGAGCCUUUUCUAUCUCAGGUAAACCAUUCUCCAUUGUCGCCAUCGUUUCACGGCAGUGACACCUCAAAUGCUGCCCAGAGCUCUCAUGAGAAAGAAGUUAAAACCCGUCUCCCUGUAGGACUGAAAUUACUUGUCAAAUCUCCCCAGCUUCUCAGGAAGAGUUCGACGGUCCCAGGGAAGCAAGAAAAAGACAGUAUCAAUGCAGCUUCCAGAAGCAAUGUGAGUUCGAGUAAGUGCAAGCCAGAAGAAUCCCAAUGUCGAACUGCCACAGAUGUAACUGGUACUGAAUUAAAAGUCAGCAAGCAUGAUAUGGAAAUAAAAGAUAAUUUUGGUGUGGGACUUGGUACAGAUACGCUAUCACCUCAUUCCCCUGAAAACUGCAGCUUGGUAGAGAGAGGAGAUGGAUUAGAAAACAAAGUUUUUAAGCGAUCUAUUUCUUCUAGUAACAAGUCAUAUUUGAAACCAGCUCUGGGCAUGAAUGGAGCAAAAGCCCGUAGUCAAAGUUUUAGCAUUCAUACAGGAGAAAAAGCAUCUACCCCUCUGACAGAAGGGCUUGGAAAAGUCCGGACUCAGAUUAUUACUAACACUUCUGAAAGAGGCAAUUCUUUAACACGGCAGAACUCUACCACGGACGGAUUUCAAACCAAGGCCGCUCCUGGGCCAGCAGUGACAUCCGAGACCCUUUCAAGUACCUCAAAAGCCUUAGAAAUGUCCUGUUGCAGACAAAGUUCUCAUGGAAGCACAAGUAAUUGCAAUAGUCAGCAUGGCAGCCCAAGCAAACUACCAUUUCGAACAUCCCCAAAAGGAGACUUAUUUCACAGCAUUUCUAAAUGUGAGGGAAACAAGUCACCAUCGCAGAAAGAUACACCGAGUCUGUCCAUCCACAAUGAGAAAAGCUGCGAUAGUUCUCAACCGCAACCCCUGACCAAAAAACGUGCCAUGCAAACAGAUUUGGAGCUGGAGCCAGCACCUGGUUUUUCAUCAGAGCAGAUUCCAUCACUUCAAAACACACAAUAUCCUCGUAAACUUGAAGCAGCCAAAUCGCAGAGACAACAAACUUCUGUAAAGUUAUCCGAAGCCCCUGAGAAGGUUACUAGUGCUUUGAGUUCACCUGUUCUACAACCUACGAUAGAAGAAAAAGUCAUGCUGUGCAUCCAGGAAAAUGUACAAAAGGGUCAAGGGCAAAAUAAAUCUCCCACAUCUGAGACCAAACAAAAGACUGGGCCUUCUCUAGCUAGCUGGUUUGGUUUCCGGAAGAGCAAGCUGCCAGCCCUGAGCAGUAGGAAGACAGAGGUUUCUAAAACAAAAGUAGAGAAGAAAGAUACAAAAGGUUCCACUUUGGGAAAUAAGCAGGCAAAAUUAGAGAAAAAAAAAGAUAAAAAGAAAACCGAACAGCACUGUGAAGCAGAAAAUGAAUUUAAUAGGAAAACAGAGAAUGGCAAUAUUUUAGAUGAUGUUUUGAAAGGCAGAAAGAAUACAAAGCCUUCACAAGACGCUCUCAGCCAAAUUAGGUGUGAACAAAAGAGCAGCUCCUCCACAAUUCCCUACUCAGCAAAAGACGGCUUUAUGAAGGAGCUUUUAAACAGAGUUGAUAAGAAAGCAGCUCAGCAGACAGAAAGUGGAUCAAAUAAUGUUUCCUACAGGAGUGUGUCGAAGGGCAGCUCCCAGGGCUCCUCUCUUCCCAGCAACUCUAUCAGUACUCAAGGAAGCCACAAGAAAAACAGCAAAACAAAAGCUGAUACGGAAAUGCAGAAUCAGACCCUGACUAAAGAUGUCAUGGAAAACCAGCCCGAAGAUGAAGAGGACAGCAUGACAAACAAGACAUGUCAGAGUCAUGUGAUAGAGUCUUGCUGCCAGAUGAGAACUUUGGACAGUGGGAUUGGGACCUUCCCUCUCCCAGACUCAGGGAACCGGUCAACGGCACGACACGUUUCUAAGCAAGAAUUGACCUUAGAAACUGAAGUCUUCACAUCUCCUGAGGAAGUCCUUCCUUCAGCUCCUUCAGUGAAAGCCAAAACUCUUGAGCGAGAAGUGCCUUCCACGCCUAAGAGCCAGGGAUCUGUCGAAAGCAUAAUUAGUCAUUCAACAUCUGAUCCUACCAUGACAGCCAAAAAUAUACGACCUUUUCAAAGUCGCCUUCCAAAACCAGCCUCCUCAGGAAUGAUUAACUUAACAAAGCAAGAUGGACAAGAACAGAGUUCUGUAUCUUCAGCAUCAUUAGAGCAGACCGAAAAACCAGUGGAAACCAAGAAGAUUCUUCCAGACUGGACCAGCAAGAAAGCUACUAAAUCAAAGGACAGAACGCUGCGAGUGUGCACAUACUCUGCCAGCAGCAACAGUGACACUGAGACAGAGACAGAGUAUGAAACAAAUGAGUUUGGAACUGAAGAGGAAAAGUUAGUAGAGUUAACAAAGAACAACAAACAAGUUGAGCAAGAAGAACAUAGUGUAAGGAAGUCCUUUAUUGGGAACCCCAUGUCAAUCUUGGAUUUGUACCAGCACAGCCUCUAUGGCCGUUAUGGAGAAGAUGGACCCGAACAAUUAACACAUUACAGUUUUAUUGAGCAGCUGAGUGGAACUUCCAGUAAAGAUGGCAAGAACAAAGACAUCCCUAGUAAAUUGAAGCAAACUGAAGAAACAAAAGAAGAUUCUGAGAAUAGAUUAUCUAAAAUUUCCCUGGAGUCACUCAAUAAAUUUAACAGCAAUAAUAUGACUUUAUUAGAAAAAGAGAAGAACUGUCUGAACAAGGUUGAAGGACAAAAGGAAGUAAAUGGAAAGCAUGAAGACCCUUCUUUAAAUAGCUCUGAUAGGCAUGGUGUAGACAAUUUAGAAUCCUUGAGUGAUUCUUUAUAUGAUAGCUUCUCAUCUUGUGCCAGCCAAGGCUCUAAUGAUGUAUAAAGACACUUUCCAGUGGGCUGUGAAUGGAGCACUUAAGGAACUGGAAGAAAAAAAAAGCAAGCAAGCAAGCAAGGAAAGAAACAACUGUUGAAAAACUUCAGCCUAAAUUGUUGGAUGCUCAGCAGGGAAUUUGGUGACUUAUGAUACAGCAAUAAGAAAAGACGAGACUGCAUUUAUGGCAGUGCGUGAGACUGAGAAGCGAACGCAAAAAUGCUGUUAUACAAAAAUGUCUUAAUUUUGCACUUUUAUGAACCUUGUACAGAAGUUGUACAUUUUUUUUGAAAACAAAUUAUAUUUGUAGAAAAAACGCCAGCAAUAAAUAUUGAAUUGGCGCCAUUCUUCUGGAGUGGCAGAUGACUAACUUUUAAAAGGUGAUGUUCAUAUUAACAAGAGAAGCUAGUAGAUUUUUAAAGAAAGAUUUAUAAUUGUUCUAGUCUUAAAACUGUAUGUAGGAACACUGCUUUAACAUAAACCUGAGCCUGCCAAAUCGUCUGUAAUAAACUUUCUUGGACCCUCAUUUUAAAACA